UGUGAUGGCUAAGCCUUUUGGUCCAGAGGUCAAGUUCAGGCUGGACAUGGGCACAGCACAUCCUGCACCCAGCAUCCCGGCGAGAGGACAGUGGUCAAGCAAAGUUGAGUUCCUCUUGGCUGUCGCAGGACAAAUCAUAGGCCUAGGAAAUGUCUGGAGGUUCCCCUAUCUGUGUUACAAAAAUGGAGGAGGGGUGUUCUUCAUCCCUUAUGUGCUCUUCCUCUUCACCUGCGGCAUCCCCCUGUUUCUCCUGGAGACGUCUCUCGGCCAGUACACCAAACAGGGAAGCAUAACCUGCUGGAGGAAAGUUUGUCCCCUUUUUGAAGGCAUGGGUUAUGGCAGUCAGGUGGUUGUUUUGUACUCCAGUAUCUAUUACAUCAUCAUAUUGGCCUGGGCUUUCCUGUAUCUCUUCUUCUCUUUCAACUCUGAACUACCUUGGGCGAGUUGCAGAAACAGCUGGAACACAGAGAAUUGUGUGGAGUUUGAUCGAAGGAGUAAUUAUUUGAAUUUGACUCUGUCCGAAAAUGCAACAUCCCCAGUGAGAGAGUUUUGGGAGAGAAGAGUUUUAAAUGUCACAGGAAGUGUCCAUGAGUUAGGCAGCAUACGAUGGGAGUUGGCUCUGUGUCUUCUGUUGUCCUGGAUCAUCUGUUACUUCUGUGUCUGGAAAGGAGUAAAGUCGACCGGAAAGGUAGUUUACUUUACUGCCACAUUUCCAUAUGUGAUGCUGGCGGUGUUGCUUGUUCGUGGACUCACGUUGCCCGGGGCCUUGGUUGGGAUCAAGUUCUACCUCUACCCAGAUCCAUCCCGCCUGGCUGACCCACAGGUGUGGAUGGAUGCUGGCACACAGAUAUUCUAUUCCUAUGCUAUUUGCAUCGGGUGUCUAACUGCACUUGGCAGUUAUAAUAAGUACAACAAUAACUGCUACAAGGACUGUGUGUACUUGUGCCUUCUGAACAGUGGGACCAGUUUUGUAGCUGGCUUUGCCAUCUUCUCUGUACUUGGAUUCAUGGCAUAUGAGCAGAACACAGACAUAUCAAAAGUGGCAGAGUCAGGUCCUGGCUUGGCGUUCAUUGCAUACCCUCGAGCAGUCGCCAUGAUGCCUUUCCCUCAGCUCUGGGCGAUAUUCUUUUUCAUUAUGAUCAUCCUGCUGGGACUGGACAGUGAGUUUGUAGGUCUGGAAGCUCUCGUAACAGCAAUUUCUGACCUAAAUCCUUCCUUCUUCCAUGUUGGCCAUCGACGUAAACUUCUUCUGCUUGCUAUCAGUGUCUUUAGUUUCUUCAUUGGCCUUGUAAUGGUUACAGAAGGUGGACUGUACAUAUUCCAGGUGUUUGACUACUAUGCCUGCAGUGGGAUGACUCUACUUCUCUUUGCCACACUCCAGUCUUUGUGUAUUGGGUGGGUUUACGGUGCAGACCGGUUUUAUGAAAACAUAGAGGAAAUGAUUGGAUACAAGCCUUUUCCCCUGAUUAAGUAUUGUUUGAAAUAUGUCACUCCAGUUAUAUGCAUGGGAACUUUUGUUUUCUCCUUGGUAAAAUUCACUCCUCUGAAGUUCAACAGCACAACUGAGUAUCCAUGGUGGGGUUAUGCUCUCGGGUGGUGGUUCACUCUCUCCUCCACACUCAUGGUUCCUCUCUGGAUGGUGUACAAUGUGAGCAUCACUCCCGGUACACUGCGACAGAGGAUCGCCAUUUUAUGUACUCCAGCCAAAGACCUUUCUUCAAACAAAUCAGAGAAGAAAGCUCUUGGACUGCUCGACAUGACCUCAUCUCCUAACACCAUGGUGUCUUAGUGACAACAGACAACUGAAGCAGCUUCAGAUAUGCUAAACAAGCGUGAAGCAUAAGGAAAAGCUUGCCCUCAAUCCAGUAGUCUUAAUCCAAGUUUCUUUUAAAGCAGUGGUUCCUAACCUUUUUGAUGUUUGACUUCUUAAAGCAAAGCAAUGUUUACUCGUAACCUCCAGUCUCUGGUUGCACCAGUUGGAUGCAACCAGUUCAACGAAAGACACAUUUUUUUGGGCUUGAAAUGCUUAAAAGCAAAGAUUAAAGGUAAAUCUGAAAGAAAUGUACUUUUGUACAGCAGAAAUAUGUUUCUUGUCAUCUUGUGACCCCCUCAGCUUUAACUUUCAACCCCUCGUGUUAGUCCUGACCUCCUGGUUGGGAAUCACUGCACUAAAGGAAUGGCUUGAAGUUUAUGGUGAUUUCACUUAUUAUUAAGCACUACAAAGUUUAAAUGCAGACUCAGACAGAAAAGGAAAUAUUUUCAACAAUAUGGUCAAGAGAAUAUAAGCUCAAAGGUUCACUUACUGUACAGUGAGUACAGUACAUUUGUUUUCUCAUUGGUUUCUGAGCUUCCAGCCAUGGUCUUCAUUCAGCCACAGGUGUCAUCACGUGAGCUCCAACUGCAUCACUGACAGCGAGCGUGUAGGGCUGAAACUAAUCAUUAUUUUCAUUAUCAGUUUUUUUUUAAAUAGUUGUUUAGUUUUUAAACGUCAGAAAAUAGUGACAAAUGUACGUUAAAGUUUCCCAGAGAGUGAAGACAACAAAAGACAAUAAUCAUUUUACAAUAAUAUAAAACAGCAAAUCCUCACCUUUGAGAAUCUGGAGUUUUGUUUAUGCAAAAGCAUUUACUCGAUUAGGAUUCUAUUGAUUGAUAAAUUAUUAAUCUCUUAGUUCUUUCAGCUGUACUAACAAGUGGACCUUAAAACUAUCUUCAUGAGCCAAAGGUCAUGAAUGAACAUCAUGCUCGAACGCAAAUUGACAUGUGAUAUUUUAAAUUGUUACUCAUCUAAAGAAAAGGGUAUUGAAUAUGAGAAAUAAUGAGAAUAUGGGUGUUCUUUUGUUUUGUUUGUUUAGUUUAGUUUUGUUUUAACCAGGUUGUUUAACUAUUCACAGUAAAACAAACAUUUGCCAGAUAAAGCCAUAUGGAUUGAACACUAAGUCACUUUUUGGUCACUGUGAGUGACGUGAAUUAAAUUCCAUUUUGUCAAUGUAAGCUGUAAAUUAGAACUAUUAAAGCAGUGACGUGAAAAAAAAAAUCCACCAAUAAGUGCACCUUAGCCGACUGAGCCACCAGGCUGUCCCAACGCGGUUCCUGACCUAAGCAGAGUACUUUUACUGUAAAGACGUGCUAGUGCUGCUUACACAGGGAGGAAACUAGUUUGGUGUUUGGUGUUAGAUAAAAACAAAACGGUAGUGCCAAACAAGUUGUAUUGUGAUGACACCAAAUGUAAAAGAGAAACAGCGUGCAAACCUGUUGGCUGUAACAGUCAGAAACAGAAAAUAUUUUAUGAAAGUCAAAUAGAUUAUAUUUUUACUGUAGUCUCAGCUGUAAACUUGUUUGAUUAUAGUUUUUAUACACAAUACUCAUAUAUCAAGUUUUGCAGAUUCAUCAUUUUGUAUCCUUUUCUGUAUCAUAUAUCAUUGAAAUUUGUGGUAAUAGUUCAUUGUGUACCACGUAAAUGCUGUAAUAUGACAUUAUUCACAUUUAAGGAUCAAUAAUUAUUUUCAAAGGAUAUGUGUAACAGAAACCAUGUAAAUUUGUGUUUAAAUUGACAGUGUCACAUUUUAUAUUACUAGUUGUUAACAUUCUAUAAAUCAUGAACAACCAGUUAACUAAUGUUUUAUUAAUGAAAAUAUUUGUGUGAUAAUACAUUGAUGAUUUAAAUCCUAUUAAAUAAUGUGCAGUUCUUUAAAUAUUAUCCAUGAAUUAGGCAAUCAGGUAUUAAUGUGAUUAAGUAUUAAUAGGCUUGAGUAAACUACUGGCUUAUCAUUAUUGAUUUAUUUCCUUGUUUGUCAUCUCAUUAUUUGGUCAAACUGACUCAUGUUGAAUGGUAAGAGUUAGUACUUAACUUUUGAUGAGUUAAAUAUAUAUAAAUCAAUAAUGGAUACGACAUGGAUCAGAUUAAAUUAAAUAGUAUUGUAGAAAUUCAAGUGAAAGUAAACUAUUAAUCUUUUAUAGACAUUCAGUAAUGAUCAGUUACCAGUUUGUUGUUGUUUGAGAGAAAAGUUGUUUCAUGGUCAUUUUUGGACCUUUGUUUAUGAAAACAAUUAAAAUCAAUCAUUUGUAAAUAAUAUUGAUAAUAAAAUAAUACUAGUAAUUUGGAAAUAAUUCCUAAAUGAUUUGUUUUGAGAAUGUUACCCAGUUCCAGAUCCUUUUCUGGGCCAAUGCUUCGUGUCCUUGAAUGCAUCAAAACAUUUCCAACAAAGCUGCAAUGCCACACAUCAAUAUUUUAGUUGAGAAAACAACCACAUGGUUCAUUUUGAAGCUUUCACAAGAUCUUAAUUAUUAGAUUUUAACCUAACAUGUACAAGAAGUCCUUAAAGUGCUCAGAAAAUGGAAACGUGAAGCAAACUCCCCCUGCUGAGUGUAACCAAAGGUUCAAGAAUAGCUAUUAAACAGACCUUGUCGUGUGUUUUCUCAGCUGUUGUUUCUAAGGUCGAGAAUGAGUUUUGAAUGGAUACAUAUUUUUGACAAAAAAUAAAGAGGAUGAAUACUAAAGCGGCUGUAAUUGAUAUUUUUAUAAUAAUGUAUCAAGUGACAAAUGAAAACAAUGAAGAGAUGAGUAGAGAUGAACCUAUAGAGUGUUAGCAUCUGAAUCUGCAGCUCCCCUUGACUUUCUGGAGAUUUAUAGGGGUGGUAGGGGCGGUAGGGGCGG